UAUUUGUGGGUACCAGGGGCGGACUAACCAUUUGGAAACUCGGGCACUGCCCGAGGGCCCGGGUCAGUAGGGGGCCCCAUGAGAUGCCCCUGGUACCUUUUGUAGGCUUUUUUGAGUUUGGGCAAGGACACAGGGGCCCCAUGAUCCCCUAUUGCCCGGGGGCCCCAUGAGUUGUCAGUCCGCCCCUGGUGGGUAUGUGCUUUUGGUACAUUCCGGUGCAUUUUUGGUGCAUUUUUCUGCAUUCCAGUGUGUUUUGCUGCAUUCCAGUGCAUUUUUGGUGCAUUUCAGUGUGUUUUUUGGUGUGUUCCAG